AUGGGCCUCCUCAACGGCCUGCGCCUCAGCGCCAGGCGUCUCCUCCGCUCGCGCGGCUUCCGCAACCUCGUCCUCGUCUUCGCCGUCUACACCUUCCUCGACGCCCUGCGCGUGCAGCGUUUGGUGACGGGCGCCCCGCGGCACAACCCGAAGCGGCCGCGCCGCGUGGAGCGGGUGUACAUUGCCGGGAUGCACUACAACGACGCGGCGGUGAUUAGGGACCACUGGGCGGGCGCGGUGCUGGAGCUCGUUGAGGCGCUGGGGCGGGAGAAUGUGUUUUUAAGCGUGUACGAGAGCGGGAGCUGGGACGACAGUAAGGUCGCGCUAAGGGCACUGGAUGAGGAGCUGGGGAAGAGGGGCGUCAGGAGGAACGUCGUGCUGGACGAGACGACGCACUUGGAGGAGGUGGAGGCUGUUCCCGCCGACGGGGAGCGGAGGGAAGGCUGGAUCAAGACGCCGAGGGGGAAGAGGGAGAUGCGGCGGAUUCCGUUCCUGGCGAGGCUGAGGAAUCUGACGCUGAAGGAUCUAUGGAAAUUGGGCAAGGAAGGGGAGGUUUUCGACAGGGUGCUUUUCUUGAACGAUGUGGUGUUCACGACGGACGACGUCCUCGCCCUGCUCGACACCAACAACGGCCUCUACGCCGCGGCGUGCUCGCUCGACUUCGCCCAGCCGCCGUACUACUACGACACGUUCGCACUGCGGGACUCGGCGGGGCAGGCGCACCUGAUGCAGACGUGGCCGUACUUCCGGUCCAAGGAGAGCAGGAAGGCGCUGGAGGCGUACUCGGACGCCGUGCCCGUGCGGAGCUGUUGGAACGGCAUCGUGGCGAUGCCCGCCGCGCCGUUCCUGGUGUCGCAGGAAAAUGGGUGGAAGCGGCUGGAGUUCCGGGCCGCGCCGGACUCGCUGGCCGAGGAGAAGCACCUCGAGGCGAGCGAGUGCUGCCUGAUCCACGUCGACAACCCGCUGUCGAAGAGCCUGGGGGUGUUUGUGAACCCGAGGGUGAGGGUCGGGUACUCGCCCGAGGCGUAUGAGAGGACGCAUCCCAAGGACGGCGGGGAGAGCUGGCUUUCGGUGUGGCGGAUCGUGGUCGGGACCUGGGAGGCGAGGAUCAGGAGGCUGAUUACGAGCGACCGGGUCAAGGAGUGGGUUGUGAAGAAGAGGGUGAGGGAGUGGGAGACCGAGGGGGAGGGGCGGGAAGAGAAGGGGGUCGAUUGCCUGAUCAACGAGGGGCAGGUUCUUGUUUUCAACGGGUGGGCGCAUGUAUAA